AUGUCUUCCCCUCUUCCAAUUGUCGUUUGCGCCCUAGACGACCAAAUCGGCAAGCCAGUCUCCGAGCUCCUGCUCCCCGAAUUUGAAGUGAUCCACUUCAUCCAAAGUCUCGAAGCAGCCCAGGCAGAAAUCCCCCAUCUGCUCGCCGGCAACGACCCCAAAUCCAAACAUACCAAUGACGUCGGCACAAAAGACUACAGCCGUCCCGUGCGGGCAAUCAUCUUCGGUCGCGGGUUUGACCUAGAGGAUAUCGAGGCACUGCGCGAGAAGGUCGCUGGUACGUCGCCUGAAGCUGUUAUUUGGAUCGCUGGCGACCCGAGCCGCAAGCCGCCUCCUGGUGCCGUUCCCCCUCCCAACUACCCACAGCUUGUGGCGGGUGUUGCGCGGAAAUUGCUUGGUGGGUGGGUUGAGGCUGGGGCUAAUAAGGAUGAGGUUAUUUUGUAUUAG